ACGGCAGAUGGCAGAAUGUCUUUGGGAAUGUUGCACGUGUUACGUUGCCAUAAUUUAGCGAAGCUUGUUACUCCGUCACUGUUCGUAGCGGCAAGCAGGCCGGUUUUAAGACAAUUUGCCGCAUCUAAGAAACUUUACCGAAACAUGUCGUACACAACUAUCGAGAGGGGUGCGCUCAACACUACAGAUUACAGAUUAUUUUUCAAAAACGAGCUGGACGUACCAAUUUCACCUAUGCAUGACAUUCCACUCUAUGUUGACGAAGACACUAAAACAAUGCACAUGGUUGUUGAAAUACCAAGAUGGACAAAUGCCAAAAUGGAAAUCUGUCUAAAAGAGACUUUAAAUCCUAUUAAGCAAGAUGUUAAGAAAGGUAAAGUGAGAUUUGUUGCUAAUUGUUUUCCUCAUCAUGGAUACAUAUGGAAUUAUGGUGCUUUGCCACAGACUUGGGAAAAUCCUGACGUUUUGGAUGAAGCAACAGGCUGCAAAGGAGAUAAUGAUCCUAUUGAUGUUCUUGAAAUAGGUUAUAGGGUUGCAAAACGAGGUGAAGUAUUGAAAGUAAAAGUGCUUGGAACAGUAGCACUUAUUGAUGAAGGUGAAACAGAUUGGAAGAUUAUUGUAAUUGAUGUUAAUGAUCCUUUGGCGGAUCAAAUGAAUGAUAUAAGUGAUGUCGAUAAGCAUUAUCCAGGCUUAUUAAAAGCCACAAUUGAAUGGUUUAAGAUAUAUAAAAUUCCGGAUGGAAAGCCGGAGAAUCAAUUUGCAUUUAAUGGUGAAGCAAAACCACGAGAUUUUGCAUUGCAUAUUAUUGAUGAAGUACAUCAACAUUGGCAAAAUUUAAUUAAACAAGAAACUCCGUCCAGUGGAAUAAUAUGUUCUAAUGUAACUGUAGAUGGUAGUCCUUUUAUGAUCACCGCAGAUGCUGCUAAAGAGGUUUUAGAAAAGGCACCUGAGUCAGUGGAACCUCAACCUGUAGAACCGAUAGUUGACAAGUGUUACUUCAUACAUCCCAAACUGUAACGGAAGUUUUAAUGCGUAGAAGAAUUUUUAAUAUUGAUAAAUGGCAUUACGUUCACCUUAAAUGAAGAUGGCUAUCUUCGUUCAGUCAACUACACAGUCGGCACAUACCUACCUACUCCGUUUUUUCAUAUUCAAGUUUUUUUUUGUUUGUCACUUAGAUUUUUUCACAGUAUAUAUAUUUAUAUUUUUCUUCACUACAUUCAAGUAAUUGUAGGAAGCAUUUAAAUAAUUUAAUAUAUGUAUAUGUGCGGUGCUAUUAACACAUGUAUUUUAUUAAUUGCUCAUCAUUUUUUCUAUAAUUUUGUAGAUUUUCUUUAAUAAUCUGUCAAACGCACGAUAAUGCGUUUUUAGAUAAAUUGGUCAUAAAAAUAUUGGAAACUUUUUUAGAUAUGCUCCGCACAUACUUAUAUAUGUGUUUAUAUAAAACCUAUACUUGUGUUUAUAUAAAAUUUUGUGUUAUAACUAUAAAAUAAUUUUGAUAAAAAAACGACAUAAUCUCAUUAUGGGUUGUGACAUAGCUGUAUGAUCGGUCUAAGCAACGGAGGGUUUCUUAGGUAAAAGAAUGCGAUUCAUUCCCUCUUCAGUAUUUGUUCUCUAGUAUGAAGGUAAUAAUAAACAAACUGAUCUGAGUA